CCAUGUUACGUUGAUUACGCAGUUAUCCUCAUAAUGGCGACCGUGCUGGAGAAGCGCCUAUGCUUGUGAAAAUGAAGCGAAUAAGUUAUUUAUUUUAAUAUAACGCCGGGGUUACCCAUAGGAGGACGUUGCAUCGAAGACAGCGGCUUUCCCAGUGUUUGAAUUACAGUUUUGGUCCAUUGGUAGCCCGAAAUGAUGAAGUUAAAGUCAAAUCAAACCCGGACAUACGAUGGGGAUGGCUACAAAAAGCGGGCCGCCUGUCUGUGCUUUAGGAGUGAAAGUGAAGAGGAGGUACUGUUGGUGAGUAGUAGUCGGCAUCCAGACAAGUGGAUCGUCCCUGGUGGAGGGAUGGAGCCAGAAGAGGAGCCCAAUGUAGCUGCAGCACGAGAAGUCUGUGAAGAGGCAGGUGUGAAGGGGACUUUAGGUCGCCUAGUUGGAAUUUUUGAGAACCGAGAGAGGAAGCACAGAACCUACGUCUAUAUUCUUAUCGUAACGGAGGUCCUGCAAGAUUGGGAGGACUCUGUCAACAUUGGGAGAAAAAGGGAUUGGUUUAAAAUAGACGAUGCCAUACAAGUGUUGCAGUGUCACAAGCCUGUGCAGGCCACCUACUUCGAGCCUCUCAAGGAAGGUUGCAUGACCAGCAACGGGACGCCCCUGGUGGCCACGAUAGGCGGAGAACUCUCGCCCACCUACAACAUCAACCAGAGCUCUGUGUCGGGUAUCAGAUAACUAAAACACAACGCUGACACAAUCCCCAGGAGCUCUCGUCACCACUCUCUCUCUUCUAUUAUUUUUUUUAUCUCAAAUACCAACAUGGGUUGCCUUGCCAACUCUUUUGUGCCAGAGUUGUGGCGCAGACUUGACAGGUGUUGGCUGAAGAUUCUGAAACACUUUGUAAAUGUAAUUUUUGACCCUUUUUUGUUGUUAUUAUUGUAUUGAAAAUUGCAUGAAGCAUCCCUCACUCCCACAUUCUACUACCUUAACGCGCCCUUAGCGUGGUGUUUAUUGAAUGCAAGAACUACUUUUUACUGUUGUGGUGUAAAAGUGUAUACUUAGUGCUUAAGCUCAAGGCUUUCAAUGGUAUUUUAUGUAUUUUGGUUAUUUUCUGUGAAUGAAUGUGGCGAAGAGUGUUUUCCCUCUUAAGUAUAGGAAAUUCGAGCCCGACCGUUUUGUUUUUUUGGGGUCCGAUUCAAAUCACUUUUGGGGGGGGGGCAAAAUGUGCUGAUAUACAGUUUUACAGCCGGGAAGUGAGUCUCGUUUUUUCACACUGAAUUCUCAUAAAUUACCAUCCCAAGAGAGCAGUUGUCCAAUAACUAUGCUUCAAAUGUUUUCAUACAUUGUGAUAAUGACCCAACAUGACAUUGGCGGCAAGUGUUCAGAUCAGAAUGACAUUCCCAUUUUUCAUCUUAUUUAUUGAAUAUCGGUGGAACUUCUUAUUGUGGUAAAAGGCCAAUAUCUGCCGACAAUAUCGGUGAACCGAUAUAUCGGUCGGGCUCAAUAGAAAAAUGUUCUCUGUCAUCUGAAUGGACAGAUUGUGGGAUGUUACUUGUUUUGCAUGAGCACUGGUAUGUUUUGUCUUACACAUUGGGGUGACCUGACACUGAUUGUGCAGCAGGGUAGUCUUCUGUGGUAACCGAGGUCUUUGAAUUAUCUUCAUUUAGCUAGAUUGUGGUUAUUGGUGUUAAUAUUUUGCAGGUUUCAUCAGACUAGGCCCUUUUCCACAUGGAUUUAUGACCCGAUUGUCAAGUGUACAUUUUCCCUUAGUCUGGAAGCUAGCCAGCCAUUUCAAUAUUACAUUUUGGGCAAAAAAUAUAUACUAUAGAAAGGUCUACUCAACUAAAGAUGUAGAACAAAGUAUCCUAUAGAGAAUGUAUUUCUUCAGUGUCUAUAUCUAUUUUAAUGUUCCCCUAGUCUGUUGAUAGUGGUUCACUAGACACUGAAACAGUUGGCAGAUCCCCUACCGACCGAAAUGUAUCCGUUUUUAUCAUUUGGAAUUGCAUGUGAACGACUGUAGUCUUCAUUUAUUUUCCAGAGGGUGAAAGGACUACUGACUGCAGUGCCAUCCAUGGACUGACUUACCUUCACCCAACACAACUCUUAAUCACAUUUUCAGAUUCUCCCGACUCACCUCAGUUUAUAGCAGAUGUUUACAUUGUUCAUAGCAUUUAUUUAUCACACCAGACAGCUAGAUGGGUAUUUUAGAUUACUUUUCAGUAAGGUAUUUUUUAGUAUAGAAUCUGCAUCCCCGAACAAACACAUACCUACCUACUUGACAUUCAAAGUCAUGGAAUCUAAAAUGCUGUCUUGGCAAGAUGCAGAACAAACGAGCCUUGUACAGUUGGAUACCUUGUUUUUAACAUGUAAAAAUGCUUUUGGAAAAGUUUUUUGCUCUCUUUAAAAUGUCUGGCAAAAGUCUCUCAAGCCAACCUGCAAUACUUGCCUUGGAUGUGGCAUGGAGCAGCUGGCUUAAUACUGUGAAACUGGAGGCGCUGUAGAUAGCAUGUAAGCUGUUGUAUUGUUUAUUUCUGUAUAGAACAAAGGUGAGUGUACAAAUGACAAAAAACAGUUUCUCUGAUGCAUUUGUGAGUGCUAUAUGUUGCUCAAAACAUGGCUGUAGAGUUGACUUGAUCCCCAAACAGGCGGUGAUGUUGGUUUUGGAGGUUUUGUUGACGAGUUGCUUUGAUACACAAGGGCUGGGGUUGAAAAUAACACAAAUGAUAUAAGCAGCUGAGAUGCCGCCUCAGAUGUUCUAUGAAGACCAUGUGCAACUGAGACCGAGGUAAUAAAGUGAAGUUAAUCACAGUUGAACGGUUAACAUACAAAGGACUCAAUCACAUCCGCUUUAGCCGACAUCUUCAUAGCGGUUCUUUUGGUGGUGUGGAACUGCAUUAGAGCUGUCAAAUCCACUGGCAGCUCCUGGCAUUUUACCUAAAGCGGACACUGCCAUUGGCUGCAGAGUCACAUUAAGAGAAACCCCAUGUAGCCUUGUUUACAAGUUGGAACACUGGAAUGUGAGAAUUUACACCUCCAUUAGGCUGAUAGAAAUCCUUAUUUUGUUUUCUGAUUUUCAAUUUGAGCAUUAUUUCUAAAUAGUGUAGGUUCUUGUUCUAAGCUUCUAACGGAAGUUGGACGGGUGUGGCAUUGUGACUGAUUUGACGGCUCCAACGCAGUUGCACCUAUGCAGGUGUCGGCUAUUGCCGGGUAACUCUUAAUCUAAUUGAAUUUAGGCCAAAAUGUAGAUUCUCCGCUGAGCACUGUUCCAAACCACUAGUCUACCAUACAGCACUGCGCGGUUACGACAUUAUCCUAGUCUCUGACAACCAACGCUUACAUGCCACUACAUCUCCCCCGUCAUCUCUUUUGCCCCAUAAUUGUUUCAGUAGCUCAUCAUUCGCACUCCAAACGGAGCGUUAUCUAUAUUCUCCCCAAUUGCCAAUGGAUGUAAAAUGUCUUUAGGGGUGUAACUAAAUUGAGUGGAUGACAUAUCAAUAGGAAUGCUACAGGAAUCCCUCUCACAAAGGCCUGGGACUUUGAACCCAUAUGUAUUGCUUUUUAAACGAGCUGCAUCGAACUAUGUGGGGGGGAGAAAAUCUUAGAACUGUCUAGUGAAGACCGGAUCCUUUCCAAUAUCACCUGUCAAACACACAGAGCAGAAUACAUUUAGGCCUGUAUUUCAAUUAUGUGGUCAGCCUCAAAGUCCAUUUUCUUUCAAUGAUCUAACAAUUAGCUUAGAGCUGGAAAAUGUGACUGAAAGGGGUUCUACUAAAAAUCGGUACGAGGGCAGGCAAGCGCUGUAAAAAAUAAUGGAUAUUCGUGUAACAGCCAAUGAAUGACUACUUGUUCUUUAACCGUUGUCAAUUUUAAUGUGUUCCGGACAAGAUGUGUUGUAGAUGCAUACUAGUUAAAGCAGGACGUCUUAUAGCUAGAGGCUCUCCGACACACUUUAGUCAAGUGUGUUUUUCCCUUUCCAUAUCACAAUUAACUUAUUUUAAUGCAAUGAAUGGUCAAUGAAAGUCGAAGUGGACAGGGAUUUAUACAUGCAUUUCUCUUCCUAAGGGAUGACAUUACACGGCACUGCUGUCAAAGCAUGAAAAGCACAGUGGAAGCCUGGAGGAUGAAUGAAAGGCUCAAAAGCAACCUCUGCCCCAAUAGGCCAUGGUCCUUCACACGAUAUUGGAAAUCACAUGACCACUGGGAAACGAUUAACACCAGCUAGUGGCCAGGCAGUAUUCUGCAACAACCCACGUGAAAAUGUUUUGCCUCAAUGUUCAGUUGAGAAUUAUGCAGUGUUCAUGACAUAGCAUUUCAUUGGGAUAGUGGUUAACAGCUUGAUCCUUUUUCAAUUGGACCGUCCAGCAAUUUGGGUGAUACUCCCGCUAUGUACAAAUUGAUUAGGCAAAAAUUGUAAUCCAAUGUGAUUCAGUGUAAAAAGCUAUUUGGACUGCCUAAUAUGUUUCCAUUUCCCUCAACAUGACCUCAGCCGUUUAGUUUCCCUACAUAUUUGUAGUAAUGGUGUACUUCUCUGCAAUUUGAUUUCUCGUCAUUUGGGACUGUGGAAUAAAUCAGUGGACUGAAGAUUGUAAUAUAAAAAUGUGCCAACAAAUAAAAACACCAGUAUUUCA